UACCAGUGAAGCUCAAACGGUUUCACCUGCUAGCUUUGUGACAGUGAACAGCAAAGGAAGUGGCGAUACCCUUCGGCAACUCUGCACUGAAAAUGUUCAUUCUAAUCCUCGUAUAGCGCGAUUCGGUACAUUCGCGGUCCAAAAGUGCGGGGCUGCUUGGAAUCGCUAGCUAGUGGCAGGCUGCAGCCUUGGUGGUGGCGUGGAACCACCUCCCGAGCCCGGCGCCUCUAAACUCCGUGAAACGUCCAAGGAAAGAGAUUGUUCUCCACCAACGCCAGUUCAGAGAACCGAAUCGGAGGUCCAUAGUACCAUAAGAACUUCAGGAAGUAUGGAGUGCGGCCAUCCGACAUCUGCAUCGGUUUCUGCAAUGGACGAACCUUCAACUCUGCUGGCGCUGCCCGACGACGCGCUGCUGGCCGUGCUGGCCUUCCUGCAGCCCAGGCAGCUCCUCAAGUGCCGGCCGGUGUGCCGCCGCCUCCGUGACCUCUGCUUGCACCCGCAGCUUUGGAGGACGGUUCGACUGGACAAUGACUUUGAAGGACCGCUCUGCGCCGCCCUCCGCCUCGCCCCAUGUCUCCGCACUUUGAUAGUCGUCAGCCCGUUCAGUGCGAACCUGACAGCCGCAGUGUACAGCACCACCUGUGUCGUCAGCGAGCUUGCUUUGGUACUGGAGGACGAGUCUGGCCAGGCCUUCGCCGUGGCCGCACUUCACGUGAUCUCUGCUCUUGGUGGUCUGCGGAAGCUUGAUUUGGAUAUUAUGUACGCUAUUGCCUCCUUUGAGACGGAUCCAAUCUUACGGGUGGCAUUCAGUCUGAAGGAUAUCCGCCUACUCACUUUCAAUUCAGUCGAACUUUCAUCACUGCCGCAAACUGUCUCAUGGCCGGAGGGAAGGCCGUCUGUGACUUGUUUGAGCUACCAAGCAAGGGUCGACGACGUUGACCCCUUUAUGGGCUUAGUCUUACGAACGCACGCAGCGACUCUGGAAGAAGUGGCUAUCUCUAGGGUAUUGGGGGAGCUCCCUGUUGCUUUGCUGGUAAACAUGCCCAGGCUAUGGUCGUUACGCUGCAGUAGCCAAGACUGUGUGUCCCAGUUACAGGGGUUACCCAACCUAAAGUCACUCAGCGUUGAACAUGACGGCGCAUGGUCUCCCGGACUGCUGGACUACCUCCGCCAGGCGCCGCGUCUCCAGUCUGUUACGUUCGAAGGCCUCAAGGCUCACAUUGACAUUGUUGCUCCGUUGCGCGCUCUGGCCGAAUCGCCCUGUGCCAAUGCCCUUCAAAGCCUGAGCCUGCCCUGUAAACUCGAAAUGUUCGAGUUGGUGGCCUCCACUCUACCCCAGUUCCCGUCCCUGCAGACCUUGGAGCUUCUCAUCGAAGAUGCAGGUCCCUUCGACAGCUUCUUGCGGGCCGUGAGCAGCUCCACUGCGCCCUGCCUCACUGAGCUGAGGCUGGCUCCCGGAGGCUGCCCCCACGCCUUCCUGCACGGCCCCGCUCUCCUGGACGUGCUGGCGAGGAACCCAAGACUCCACUUCCGCAUCCUGAGUGCCGUCUGGCCUUACUGCGCCUGCCAGUGGUGCGCGUGGGGCUGCCACGUGGAGCUGAGGGGGGCUGCGCUGGGACGGGCGUUCGCGGGCCACGCCAGGACGACCGACUGCCCCAAGGACUGCUUCAAGUGGCGGCCGUGUCACUGCAAUGCCUGACGAACUCAGAGAACCGUGUUUCUAUUUUAUUGUCACUACCGUGUUAUGCUAAUUUUUGUUGUGUGUUAGGUUGCUUUCAUAUGUCUUGAAAUGAGCCAUUUAAUUCGGAAUGCCUUAUGCUUCCGCCUUGGUGUGGAUGGUUCCAUUCUGUUUCUAAUAAUUCAGGCCGGCCGUGAAAUAUGUCGAAGAAAGUGAAGAUAUCUUUUGGUUGUCUGUUAAUUCUGUAUAUUUCCUCCAACAGUAUAUUGUAAAUAUCAAUCCGAAGUACAAAUUAAAAUUUGAAAACAUUGUUUAAUGA